GUUGACGCGUCCGCCAUGUUGCUGAAUGAAGUUAACCUAGCUUCAAAACAUUGAGUUGCAGCUAGCAAUAUCAAUAUUUUAUUUUUCACCAAGAUACAUUUUGUUACGGUGCGCUACCACCUGUAAAUAUGACUUAGGAUUUAUCAACCCGCCACAAAAUCUCAAUCCCUUAUUAUUGUGGUUGGACAUAGUAACAAUAUCACGCAAUGCACCAUGGAAGUGGAUCACAGAACAUGCAACGACAGCUCCAGAGAUCCAAGUCUGUCACUGGGUCAGAAGCAGAGGAGCAGCCGCAGCAGCAGCCUACCCUGGCAGUUACACAGCAGCAAGCUACCGUUAACCAUCCUCAGUCUCCUGUGACCACUUUUACUUCUGCUGCCAGUCCUUCAGCUCCCCAGUCACCCAAUUAUCAGAUAAUCAUGAGUCGCAGUCCUGUAACUGGGCAGAACAUGAACAUAACAUUACAAAACGUGGGGCAGAUGGUGACUUCAAAUCAGCAGAUCACGCUGACGCCACUCCCCAUCCAGAACCCAGCCUCCCCUGGCUUCCAGCAUACUACACCUCAGUGGAGAUUUGAACAUGCUCCAUCUUCCUACAUCCAGGUCACUUCACCUGUCCCCCAACCUAUUCAACCUCAGAGUCCAACUCAGCAUAGCCCAGUGCCCCUGCAAGGUGUGACGAGGCCAGGAGCUCCCGCGGCAGCUUUGGGUGUGUGUGGACAGAGUCCAACACGAUUCGUUGAAGCCGGUAUGUUAAUGCGGCAAAUCAGUUUAGGCAGUCCGUCAGGUAGUGGACACUUUGUAUAUCAGGAGGGGACAGGACUGGCCCAGAUUGCCCCCGCCACAACUGGCCAGGUACAACUCACCUCUCCAGGAGCGCCAGGCUCUGUGAGGGAGCGUCGGCUGUCUCAGCCUCAUUCACAGACUGGAGGCACCAUUCACCACCUCGGACCUCAGAGUCCUGCUGCCACUGGUGCUACUCUCUCCACUCUGGGCAGCCCUGGUCACAUCACCACUUCCCACCUACCUCCACAGAUUAGCAGUAUCAUUCAAGGACAGCUGGCGCGUCCGAUAUUUGAAAAGACUCCACAAGGUGUGGUUGCAGGAGUGGGAACCACGGCCGCGGCGUCUUUCAGCGUACCUGCCUCCAUUCCACCUUCGAGCCCAUCCCUCACCAGCCCACCACAAGGGAUCCCCAACAAUCCUCUUGCACCCGCUGGCAUGACUGUGGGCACCAAGAAGCAGGUCACCAAGAAGUUAGAGGAAAUUGCGCCCUCCACACCAGAGAUUGCCCAGCUAAGGAAACAGUGCUUAGAGCACCAUACCAAGAAGAUGGAGAGUCUGAAAGAAGUCUUCAAAGAAUAUCUGAUUGAACUUUUCUUUCUUCAACAACUGCAAGGGAACAUGAUGGACUACCUAGCUUUUAAGAAAAAGCCUUGCGUUCCUUUGUAUACUUAUUUGCGACAGAAUGACUUGGACCUUGAAGAUGAAGAGGAAGAAGAAGAACAGUCUGAGGUCAUCAAUGAUGAGGUAAAAGUUGUUACUGGAAAAGAUGGCCAAGCAGUGACGCCAGUCGCUAUAGCAACACAACUUCCUCCAAAUGUCUCUGCAGCAUUCUCCACCCAGCAGCAGUUUCAGGGACACCAAGGGGGUGCUACUGGCACUCUUGCAAACUCUGGAGACAUGGAUGCCUUUAAGAGGCAACAGGCUAUGGUGCAAGCAGAUCAGGCUAAGAGGCCCCGGAUUGACGUUGGUCGCCAUGGGCUGAUUUUCCAGCAUCCUGGUGUAGCUCCUUUAGGAUCACCUGGCGUUCCACUCCAGCAGCUUAUGCCGACUGCGCAAGGCGGGAUGCCGCCUACUCCUCAAGCGGUCCAGAUUGCAGGACAGAAGCAGAACCAGCAGCAGUACGACCCGUCGAAGGGACCGCCGGUCCAGAACGCCGCCAGCCUGCACACCCCUCCCCCACAGCUGCCGAGCAGGUUGCCUCAGGGUGCGCUCCCGAUGGCCGGCCUGCCCAUGCCUCUUAGCCAGCAGGCUCAGUUAGUGGACAGUGCAGCUCAGCCGGGUGCUCAGCUUCAAGCGCAGGUCAAAGUGCAAGCAGGGGCUGCUGUCCUCACCACAGUGAGUCCUCACACACAGCUCCAGGCGCAACUUCAGCAGCAGAUGCAGACAGGUCUUCACCUGCAGCUGCAGCCCCAGCAGCAGCAGCAGCAGCAGCAGCAGCAGUCCCAGGCCAUUCUACAGCCGGGACAAGCGACUGUGGCACUUGCACGCCCCGGUACGGAGCCAAACCAGCCAGUUCAGAGGAUUUUGACCAACUCAAUAUCAAUAGCAUCCGUGUCUAAUGCCCCCCUGACUGCUCCCAACGCCGUUCCAACCGCACACGCUGCAAGUCCUCUCCGUCCUCUUGGCUCUAACCUCAAUCCUGGCACCCAGUCUAAAUUGACUGGAACUAACGGCAUCUCCGCCAUCAAGAUAGGUGGCUUUGGUCAAAAUACAAACAUGCAGUCCUCACAGGAGGGUUCUCAAGAUAAGCAAGUGGAGCAAGCCAAACUGGAGAAUCAAGUGCACCAACGCAUCUCUGAGCUGAGGAAAGAGGGUCAGUGGUCAGCCAGUAAGCUACCCAAGCUUGUGGAGGCGUCACGGCCCAAAUCCCACUGGGACUACCUCCUGGAAGAGAUGCAGUGGAUGGCUGCUGACUUUGCCCAGGAGAGGCGAUGGAAGGCGGCGGCUGCCAAGAAGCUCGUUCGCACCUGUGCCCGUUAUCACCAAGAACAGAAGAAAAGUGAAGAGAGAUCAAGGAAAGAAAGGGAAAUUCAUCUUCGCCACAUUGCCAGCACGAUUGCCCGAGAGGUUGAAUUCUUCUGGUUGAACAUUGAACAGGUUGUGGAAAUCAAGCUUCAGUUUGAAAUUUAUGAGAAGAGACUCAAAGCGCUAAGCUUACAACAGGCCUCAGCUAAAGUAUCAAGCCAGUCAUCAGGGGAUAAAGCCGAUAAAGAGGAGGGGCCAUCUGCAGCUAAAAAAAGAAAAGGCAAUUUUUCCUUGUCUGAAGGACAUGGUACCGAUGAAGAGAGCACCAUAGAGGAACAGGAGGUCAUGGAAGGGGAAGCAGACCACAAGGCAGAGCUGGUUGACCUCGCUAAAGACGCUGAGAUGCCUCUAGAUGCGUUGAUCAAACAGUAUGCCGGUGCCUAUGCUGACAGCUUUGAGUGGCCUCAGCCGAGUCCUCACAGUGAUGAGGAUGAAAUGGAAGAGACUGACGAAGUGGAGGGUCCUGCAGGCAGCUCAUCCGAGCCAGUGCUGAUAGACUCCCUGCUUAGUGUGGACCAGUACCGUGGUGCCGACAAAGCUGCUUCCUCUGACUCCAGUGGAAAGUCUGGCAGAGACAUAGCAGAAGUGGCCGCUGCGACUGAACAAAUCCUGCCUAAGGGCAGCCUCAGAACCACUUCAACUACACGCAGCCCAGCUCCUGCCCUCUUGCAUGGAUCACUGCGAGAGUAUCAGCAAAUUGGCGUGGACUGGCUGGUCAACCUUCACAAGAAGCACCUCAACGGCAUCUUAGCUGAUGAGACGGGCCUUGGCAAGACUGUGCAGACUGUGGCUUACAUGGCUCAGCUAGCUGGGCAGGAGGGCAUCUGGGGACCCCAUCUUAUCAUCGUGAGGACAUGCAGGUUGCUUAAUUGGGAAGUGGAGUUCAAGCGCUGGUGUCCCGGCCUGAAGAUCCUUCUUUACCUUGGCAACAGGAGGGAGCGCAGAUCCAAGAGAAUGUGGUGGGGAGAAGCGAACAGCUUCCAUGUUUGUGUGACGUCCUACAAGCUGCUGAUGAAAGACCAGAAUCAUUUUCUGAAGAGGAGGUGGAGGCAUCUGGUCCUGGACGAGGUGCAGCUCAUCAAAAACAUGACGGAAAAACACUGGGAAACAAUCUUUUCUCUCAGAAGUGAGCAGAGGAUUCUCCUCAUCAACACUCCUCUCCAGAAUACUCUAAAGGAGUUGUGGACCAUGAUCCACUUUCUCUUGCCCGGAAUUACCAGGCCCUACUCCGACUUUCCUGUGAAGGCAGGAACAGACCAGAAUCAGGACUACUGCCACAAACUGGUUAUCCGCCUGCACAGGAUGAUUCAACCCUUCAUACUGAGGCGCUCCAAAAGAGACGUAGAGAAACAGCUGCCGAAGAAGUACGAGCACAUACUGAAGUGCCGCCUGUCCAGCAGACAGAAGAACCUUUACGAAGACAUUCUCACUCAACCAGGAGCUCAGGAAGCGCUGAAGACGGGCCAUUUCGUCAGCGUGCUGCAGGUCUUGAUGCAGCUGCAGCGAGUGUGUAACCACCCCGAGCUGGUGGUGCCCCGAGAAACUCACAGCUCUUACUACUCUUCCUCUUUACAAUACAACGCUCCAUCGCUGGUGCUGGAGGCUCUGCAGAAUGACUCGAGCAAGACGGCUGACUUGUCCAUAUUUGACCUCAUCAAUAAUGACAACAAACUGACCCGGUAUCAGACAGAGGAGGCACUACCCAAGCUAAAGGUCACUCAGCAGCUCAUCGAGGAGAUACACUCUGGUCCAGAUCCACCACCAAGACCAAAACCAUGUCCUAUAAAGCCCAUGAGGUUGUUUCAGCCGGUGCAGUAUGGCACAAAGCCUGAAGGCCGUCUCGCUGCCUUUGCAAGUGCAGCCGGACAGAGACCUCCAACAAGCUCCCCGACAACAAGCACGUCCUCGUCCACCCCCGUCCAGGCAGGCCAGACCAGGGGCAAGUCCCCCGUCACCACUGCUACAACCACACCCACUCCCCAUGCAGCUGGAACAGCUACUCAGAGACCCCAGGCUGCCCCGCCUGUCAGCAGCAGCAGCAGCAGCAGCAGCAGCACUGUAGCCCCCUCUGGGAACAGUAGCGUUGGUCAGCAUGUGUUGGGGGCUGCCCCCGUGACCUUAGCUGGCACAGUGGUGGGCUCUAUGGCUCCCAUCAACCAGCCUGGGUUAACACAGGUCCCGAGGCCAGCGAUAGCCCCCAGCCAUGCCAUCCAACCCAGCUUAUUGUCCCAGAGGCUGGUUCUUACAUCCCAGGCCCAGGCACGGUUGCCUAGUGGGGAUGUAGUGAAGAUUGCUCAGCUGGCCAACAUAGCGGGCAAUCAGAAUCGCAUCGCGCAGCCGGAGACUCCCGUCACGCUGCAGUUUCAGGGCAACAAGUUCACGCUGUCGCCCAGUCAGCUCCGCCAGCUCACCACCGGGCAGCCAUUGCAGCUCCAAGGCAACAUCCUGCAGAUUGUGUCAGCUCCAGGGCAGCAGAUCAUUAGGCCACAGGGAUCCAUGCUGAUGCAAACAAUUCCUCAAGCUGUUCCUGCGUCCAGUGCAUCAGCUACACCCGGCACACCUCAUCCUGCCCUGUCCACCACUCAGCAAGCGUUGGGUGCAACUACAAAUGCGACAUCAGCUUCUGCCAAGCUCACACCUCAAAGCGGCAAUCAGGAGUCCUCAGAGGACAAGAGUCAGCAGCUGAAGGAGCGCUUGAGACGCCUGUUCGAAGCGAAUGAGCGGCGCUGCAGUCGGAGAGUGCUGUACGGGUCGGACCUGCUGCAGGCGUGCACAUUGAGCUCCGAGCCCGGCCACACGGCUCUGACCGCUGGAGGCUGGCGGUGGGUUGGCAGGGAGAGCUGCCUUCGGGCUCAGAGGACAUGUGUUGCCACCACAUCGACCCUGCAGUCCUCUUUGCUCUCUGUGGAGAAUCAGCAGGAAGCUGCCAGCAGCCUCAUCAAGAGACUGAUAUGCGUGGUGCCUCCAGCUGUAGCUCCGCCUCCUCACCUGUAUGCAGCCAAUCCCCCAGUUCCCUACAGGCUGGCAGAGAAGUCCCUUCAUCGUCGGCUGCUGGAGGCGUCGGCGCCUCAUCGGGACGACAUCCACCGUUUAGCAUCCACACAUGUCAUCUGCUAUCCUGACUUGCAGUUAAUGCAAAUGGACUCAGGUAAACUGGAGGCUCUUGCCAUUCUGCUGCAGAAGCUCCGGUCGGAGAACCGUCGUGUGCUCAUCUUCACUCAGAUGUUAAAGAUGCUCAACAUCUUGGAGGCCUUCCUCGACUACCGGAAACUGGCCUAUGUGCGCAUCGAUGAAAGCCUCAGCCUCGAUGAAAGACAGGAGAAUAUGAAGAAGUUCAACAGGAACAGGCAGGUGUUCUGCAGCAUCCUGACGAAUCGCUGCUGCUCCACCGUUGGAACGGUGUUCGACGCAGACACCAUCGUCUUCUAUGACACAGACCUCAAUCCCAGCAUGGACGCCCGCACUCAGGAGUGGUGUGACAAAAUAGGACGCUCCAAAGAUAUACAUAUAUACAGGUUGGAGAGUGGAAACUCCAUCGAAGAGAAACUACUGAAGAACGGUACAAAAGACCUGAUCAGAGAGGUGGCGGCUCAGGGCACCGACUACACCCUAGCUUUCCUCACACAGCGAACAAUCCAGGAUCUGUUUGAAGUGGAGGCGGGCUCGGGAGAGAAGGUGGAGGAGUUCGUGGUUCUUCACCAAGAGCCCUCAGUUUCAGAAGCCAUAUCUCCCAGAGUAGCCAGGCCGUACAUCCAAGCACUCCACAGCAUAAACCUGGACACCCAGCCAGAGGAGGACGACCAGCAGGACCAGGACCAGGAGGAGACGGAGCAGCUGGCGGGCAAGGAGCCAGCAGAGGCUGAUCAGGACUCAAACAGCCAGGUCAAAGAAGAGCCUGUCCAGAUCGAGGAGCUGAAUGCAGUCAUGGAACAGCUCACACCUAUAGAAAGAUACGCCCUCCAUUAUCUGGAGUACCUGCACGUCAGUGACGACGAAACUGCUCUGAAGGAGCGACUGGAGUGUUCAAAGAGAGGCUGGGAGCUGCAGCAGCUGCAGAAGCUGAAGGAGGAGGAAGAAGGGAGGCAGAUGAUAGAGGGAGAUGAAGAUCUCUUCACCUACACCAGAGAGGAUGCCUACAACAUGGAGUAUGUGUUUGAUGCAGAGGAUGGCCACACAGAAAUCAUGCCGCUUUGGACCCCGCCCACACCACCUCAAGAUGACAACGAUAUCUACAUCGACUCUGUGAUGAUGCUGAUGUAUGACACCACACCCAUGCCAGAGUCCAAGCUGCCUCCUAUCUACAUCCGCAAAGAGCACAAGAGGCUCAAGAUGGAUCCCUCAGCAGCUGCCAGAAAGAAGAAGAAGGGUCACGGGGAGACGGUCAUUCCUCCUCGAUCCCUUUUCGAAAAGGCCAGCAUGCUCAAAGUUCGCCGGGACGGCAAAGACCAGAAAAAGAACUUCUCCCUCAAGCAGCAGGCGCCGUUCGCCAAGCCCCUCCCCUCCCUGGUUAAACCUGCGAUGGAGGCGAGCCAGGACAACCCCGAGUGGCUCAUCAGCGAGGACUGGGCUCUGCUUCAGGCUGUGAAGCAGCUCCUGGAGUUGCCGCUGAACCUGACAAUCGUGUCUCCUGCACACACGCCAAACUGGGAUCUGGUGAGCGACGUGGUGAACUCAUGCAGCCGCAUAUACCGCUCACCCAAGCAGUGUCGCAACCGCUACGAGAACGUCAUCAUUCCCAGAGAAGAGGGCAAGCUGGUGUAUGAAGCAAACCCCAAGAAGAAAACUAAGAGCAUAUACAAGUCUAAGAACAGCCGGCCUCUGAGGACCAGCCAGAUCUACACGCAGGAUGACAACUCCACUCACAUCCAGCUCUACAACAGCCGCUUUGAACUCAUGAAGAUCAUCGCCAGCAAGAGGAGCCCGCCCAUCAAACCCCUGCUCGGCAUGAAUCCUUUCCAGAAGAAUCCAAAACAUGCUUCCGUCUUGGCAGAAAGUGGGAUCAGUUACGACAAGCCAUUACCGCCGAUCCAGGUGGCGUCUCAGCGUGCUGAAAGGAUCGCUAAAGAGAAAAAGGCCCUGGCGGAGCAGCAGAAGGCUCAGCAGUUGGCGCAGCAGCAGGCUGGAGGCACCCAGGCCCAGGCCGCUCCGGGUCAGGCCCAGGCCGCCGCUGCCGGACAGGCUCAGGUCCCGCAGGCCGCCGCUGUAGCCGGAGCUGCUGUGCCAAACGCAGCCGUGCUGGCUGGAGCUAUUAAAAAUGCCACUGUGGGCACAACCAUCCAGGCUGCCACCGUUGCGGGGAAUGUGAUUGUGAACACAGUAGCUGGAGUUCCUCCAAGCCCCUUCCAGGCCAACAAGCGCUUGGCAUCUCCAGUCAUAUCAGGCACUCUCUCUCCCGCUGGUACGGCCGGAGCACAAGUGGUCCACGCACAACAAAGGGCCGUAACGGCCGCCGCUGCCCCCGCCGAAGUGGUCGCCAUCGCCACGGGUCAGGCCGUGAGAGCCGUCACCCCGGUGACGGCGUCGGCGGUAGUCUCUACCACUCUGAGCCCGGUGCAGUCUCAAACCCGCCCGCUGGUCACUCAGGUCACACCAGCCGCAGGCAUGCAGUUGCCACAGGGGAAACCCCUCACCCCGGCACACCUUCAGAUGCUCCGGCAGCAGCAGCAGCAGCUGCAGCAGCAGCAGGGAACUUCUCCUCAGAUCAAAACUGUAGGCAAACAACCCCAGGAGUUGCUGAAGAUGCACAAACAUAAGCUGCAGCUGCAGCAACAGCAGCAGCAGCAAGUAGCCGCGGCGGUGGCGGCGCAGGGCCAGCAGGCCGCUGGAGCCCAGCAGGCCGCUCAGGUGCAGCCUGCACAGGCGGCUCAGGCCAAUCCUCAGCUGGCAGCUGUGGCUGCACCCAGACCGGGAGCGGUGCUGACUGGAACCACUGUGGCCAACCUGCAGGUCACCAGACUGGCCCGGAUGCCAACUCAGAGCCAGAUCCAGGCCCAGGCAGGACAGACGGCCCAGGUGACCCUCACCAAGCCUCCAGUUGUUUCCGUGCCAGCUGUGGUCUCCUCGGCUGGAGUCACCACUCUGCCAGUGACUGUGGCGGGCAUCAGUGUGGCGAUCGGGCAGGCGCAGAAAACCGGCGGCCCCGUGCUCAGCGCACCCUUCCCUCAGAUGCAGGUCCAGCAGCUGAUCCAGAUGAAGAAGCAGCAGCAGCAGGCAGCUGCUGCAGCGCAGCAGAAAGCAGGGCAGCCGCAGCAGGGCCAGGCCACCGUGCAGCAGAAGAUCGGCACCCAGGUGACGGUGCAGGCGGCUCAGCCGGCGCAGCAGAAGGUGACCUACGCCACCACCACCCAGCUCCAGCCGGGGAUCAAGACCCAGUUCUUCACCACGUCCCUCCCCCAGGCGCAGAAGCCCGCCGGAGCCCAGCAGAUCCAGGUGGCUAAACUCCCACAAAUAGUGCAGCAGCAACCAACUGUGGCCAAUAUUCAACAAAUAGUCUCUUCUCCUCAGCAGAUCCAGGCCCAGACGGUCACUCUCACCCAGGCGGCCACGUCGGCGCCCACCCAGGUGCAGAUGAUCCCGGCGGGGACGGCCACGGCUCAGGUGGUCCAGCAGAAGAUCCUCCAGCAGCAGGUGGUGACGGCCGCCGCCUCGCCGCAGAUCCAGACCCCGCCUCCGCACAGCCCGGCCCAGCAGCCCGGCACCGCCUCCGCCGUGGAGGCCCCGGCGCAGCAGCCCGCUCAGCCCCAGCAGCCCACCAAGGCUCAGGCUCGCCAGGGGGGCAUCCGGGCCAAGACACCCGCCAAGCCCAGCGGGGGGAGCAGUUAGAGGAGGCGGCGCCCUCCUCCGGUCCGCGGGCCCAGAGCCGAGGAUCGAGCGAGCUUCGCCUCGCUCUGGACAUUUGGAACCUUCACUGUUUAAUAGAUUUUCAGGGCUGAACUCUUUUUGCAGAUCAAAGAGGAUCCAGCAGCCUGUCCUUCACUCGUCUCACGAGACGUCGGAAGUUUCCUCGGAUAGAAACUUUCAGAGAUUCCCCACAAUCACAUCCUGAUCCAUCUCAAGACGACCACAGACGUCCGGCUGAAGGUCAUGGAUAAUAAGCUCUCCAUUAGAAUAAGUGUAUUCAUGAAUAGUCCUUUUGCGUUUGAUUCUCUUGUUGUCUGUAGAUACUGAAUGGAGAAAAAUGCACGUUCCUUUAGUCCUUUUGUUUAUUUCAGCAAAUACACUGUAAACAUGUACUUUAGUAUUUUGUUUUCUCAUGAACCCUUUUUUUAUUGAUGUUCAAGGAAAAAAAAAACCCUGUAAAUAUCAACAAAAAACAUUUGUACUUGUAAAGUAGUUGUGUUUUCAUUGGAUUUUUCAGCCUAAUUGUAAUAAAGUGUUUUGUUUUUAUACACAAAUUCA